AUGGUGCCUAAAUAAAUAUUCUUUUUAAUAACUAGCAUAAUAGUCUUGAUUAAAUCUGAAGGUUGUGGUCUUGGGUGCUAAAUAUGCUAAUAGGAUCAAUGUACUUUAUGUUUACAGAACUUUGAAUUAGAUACAUCAUUAGGACUUUGUGUGUAUAAAUCUUGCGAGUAAAACUUCUACUUUCAACCUAAUUUAGAUUUAAAUUAUUCAAAUGGUAAAUGCUAAUCGCUAUGUGAUCUUUCUUAUAUUGGAAAUACUAUAUAGAACAUAUGUGUGUAAAUUGCAUAAUGCUCUGUUGCAGACGAAAUAAGCUAAAAUAUUCCUUAUGAUUAGGAGUUAUUGGAUGUUUAGAUAUACAAAAAAAAUUUUUACUCAAUCAUCUAUAACUAGUAAAUAUAACUAUUUAGCAUUGAUGAUCUAGAAUUUUACUCUAAUCAAAAGCUUUAAAAUGGAGAUUUAAAAGCUUUUAACGUUAAUGGGACUAUAUUAUUACAAAGUACAGAUAAUUCCAUUUCAGUUUGGGAUCUAACUUUAGAUAAAAGGACCCUAUUAAUAGAUUCUUAAACUCAUAUGAUAGGAUAGAACUCCUAUUUUAAUUUUGUAAAAAGCAAUAUCUUAUUUGUCCUCUCAUAUAAUAUUGGUAAUGAUACCGUUGUAGCAUAUCUUGUAGAUAUGUCUAACUUUUAACUAUAUGAAUUUUAAGUUUAGUUGAGUUAAAGCAUUGUUUCUUUAACCAUUUUAUAAACAUUUAUCGUAAUACAUAAUAAAUAAGGAAUUUAGAUCGUUCAGUACAACAUUGAUUUUUAAAAAAUUGAAGUUGAAUUCUACUAGUAAUAAAAUGGAAACUAAUGUAUUCAAUUCAAUUCUACUUAAGUAAAUACUGUUAUUUAAAUUCAAGGAAAGUUAUUCAUAGCUUUAGAAGAUAAUCUCCUUGUCUAUAAUUUGAAUCAGUAAUCUUGUUAGAGUCUUUAGCUUGAUAUAACUUAAUUUACCUAAAUUGAGGGUAGUAACUCAAAUCUAUUAAUAUUAAGCAAUUAAACACUGUAUAUGAUUUCUAAUUUAGAUUAGCAAAACUUAGUGAUUUCAAAAAUGUGUGAAAAUAUUUUAGAUUUUAGUAUCGUCUCACUGCCAAAUAACACCUUAGAAAUCCUAGCUUUACUUGGAAAUAGUACCUUGCAAAUUUAUUAAUUAACAGAUUUGUAAAGUUCUUUUUAAUUAAUUUACUCUGAGCUGUUAAUAGACUAUAAUUUUGAAACUAUUAUCAUUCUUUCAAAUAUAUAAUAAUAUCAAAAUGCAAAUAACAACUAAAUUUAUUAAUUUUCUUUAGUGGGGAGAUUUGUGUAAAUUUUAAAAAGAGAUUCUAUGUAAAAUACAAUUAAUUCCCAGAUUAUUGGUAAUUAUUAAUAGCCAUUUCCAACACCCAAUUCUUAAGCUGUUUAAAUUGCAAUAUUAUACUCUUAUAUGCAGUUAGUGUCUUGCCAUUCAAAUGGAGAUAUCAUCUUUUACGAUAUUUCUGCUGCAUAAUAUGCUGAAUUAAUGUUAAAAUUGAAUCUCGCUAAUAGUGGUUGUAUAGACAUGAUUACUUUUCUUGAUUAAAAUUUAAUUGUCUAAAUGUAAGAUAGAAUAUUAAUAAUUUAGGGAAAAGAUUGGACUAUCCUUUAAGAAAUAGCAAUAAAUUAAUAAACAUAAAAUGUAUUAAUUACUAGCAAUAACGAUUAAUUAGCCAUUAUUCUUGAUUCAUGCAUGAAAAUUUUAGAUGAUCACCUUGCUUACAUAUAUGAUGGAUGUUAAAAUGAAUUUUUGGGCUAAUUAUAAUAAAUAAUAAUAGUGAAAAAUAACAUUUACAUACAAACACCAAGCUCAUUAGAAUCUAUAAAUUUAAUAUUUUACGUUUUUCAAAUCCUAUUAGAGUGA